ACCUCUCAACGUUUGUCCGUCACCUGCCACGUGUGAGGCAUCACACAGGUGGUGACCACCCAUUGGCAAGCUCAUCUCAGCCUCAAAUGGCCCAUCUCUUGGUGGCAGCCUCAAAUUAUAAAUCAAGAGGAGCAGCACCAAGAAAGACCCAUGCCUCCGUGUUCAUCGCGCAAAGAGAGAGGGUACCAGCAGAGGCUCUCUGCCUUCCAGAGUUCCAUCCACCUUACCUCCAGAGCGCAAGUGAAGGAGUUCUCUCUCUAAGACUUUGAUGGCAUCGGCAUCCCUCCUCAAGACCUCUCCGGUCAUCAACAAGUCAGAGUGGGUGAAGGGCCAGUCUCUUCGCCACCCAUCUGCCUCCGUGACCAUCAAGUGCCACCCCGCCGCCUCCCUCACUGUCCGCGCCGCCACCUCCUACGCCAAUGAGCUCGUGAAGACCGCGAAAACCAUUGCCUCACCAGGGCGUGGUAUCCUGGCCAUGGACGAGUCGAACGCGACGUGCGGGAAGAGGCUGGCGUCCAUCGGGCUGGAGAACACCGAGGCCAACCGCCAGGCCUACCGCACCCUGCUUGUCACCGCCCCCGGCCUCGGCAACUACAUCUCCGGUGCCAUCCUCUUCGAGGAGACCCUCUACCAAUCCACCACUGAUGGCAAGAAGAUGGUCGACGUCCUUGUCUCCCAGAACAUCGUCCCCGGUAUCAAGGUCGACAAGGGUCUGGUGCCUCUUGCUGGCUCGAAUGACGAAUCUUGGUGCCAAGGUCUUGACGGGCUCGCAUCCCGCACCGCCGCUUACUACCAGCAAGGUGCUCGCUUUGCCAAAUGGCGGACGGUGGUGAGCAUUCCCAAUGGUCCUUCGGCCCUCGCUGUGAACGAAGCUGCCUGGGGUCUUGCUCGCUACGCCGCAAUUGCACAGGACAAUGGCCUUGUCCCAAUCGUGGAGCCGGAGAUCCUGCUGGAUGGCGACCACGGGAUCGAACGCACCUUCGAGGUGGCGCAGAAGGUCUGGGCUGAGGUCUUCUACUACAUGGCGGAGAACAAGGUGAUGUUUGAAGGGAUCCUCCUCAAGCCUAGCAUGGUCACUCCUGGAGCCGAGUGCAAGGACAGGGCCACACCAGAGCAGGUGGCAGAGUACACCCUCAAGCUCCUCCACCGGAGGAUUCCCCCCGCCGUCCCCGGAAUCAUGUUUCUGUCGGGCGGGCAAUCGGAGGUGGAGGCGACUCUGAACCUGAACGCCAUGAACCAGAGUCCCAACCCAUGGCAUGUGUCCUUCUCUUACGCAAGGGCCCUUCAGAACACCUGCCUGAAGACAUGGGGAGGGCGGCCCGAGAAUGUGAAGGCAGCUCAGGAGGCACUGCUGGUGCGUGCCAAGGCUAACUCCCUUGCGCAGCUCGGGAAGUACACUGGCGAGGGCGAGUCGGAGGAAUCCAAGAAAGGGAUGUUCGUCAAGGGCUACACCUACUAAGCUUUGCCCCAGGCCUUCUUCCCCUGUCGACAGAUUUAAAAAGAAUAAGACUGCUGCCUUCCUCUCUUCGUGCUUAUACUACAUAGAUAUGGAAGGCUAUUUUUGUUCCCCCAUCAGCUCCUUGAGCUACUACAUAAAUUCUUCGCUGCGAGGCUAAUGCAGUGUUUAUGUAUAAUUGCAGCAGCGCAACCAGUCUAGUAACACGAGCUGUAGUUUUAUAAAACUGCAUUGCUUUAU